AAGCCAAAUUUUUUGGCCGUUUUGAUUCUUGUUGGGUUGCCAAUGCGGAAGAGGAAGAACUUGAAGAGAAGAGGAACAUGAAGCAGAGUGAAAGUGUUUUCGCAGCUUCCUUAUAAUAGAUAUCCAGGAACCUCACAAACAAACAGAACGGAACUCAGACUUUGGUGGAAUCAUCGAAUCAAUCGGAAACCAUGGCCCAAUACGACGCACAAUCCCAGUUCAGUUUGCAACUCAUUGCCACCGUAUCCACAAACGACGAAGAAGAGCCAUCAUCCGCUUGGAAUACAAUAGAAGAGAAACAACAAGAUGACGACACACAGAUUGAUCCAGCAUCGCUGUGUUGGAAUCUAAAGGAUACACUCUUCAUUACAACCAAACAAUGCGAACAAACGCACAUGGAAUACGCAAGAGCAGGAUUUGAAAUGAAGUCCUUUGAACGGUUCAAACGAAUGGCUUCUGCAUUGGUCGUCGAAAAGGAGGUGGAAAUGGCCCGCAGCAUGACCCUGGGAAAUGAAGAGGAUGUCAUUAUGGAAGAUAGCAUUGAAUGCGUUCCCAAGACGUUCCUGCAAGACAUCUUGUCCGAGACGUCGGGUCUGUCCGAUGAAGAAAAGAUGGACAACGAUGCUCUUCGCGUCCUGUCUGUAGGGGAGUUGCUCAGUCUGUUGGAAGUGUGACCAGGCAGACAGUCAUGUAUCUUUGCUCAGCCUUAUGAAAGUGUCAGGUAUUCCAUACAGUGUUGGGGGCGCUGGUACUGGCCCUCUUGGUGUAUCGAUUCGAUUGUAUCAUUCAAUUCACCCCCCGCGGCGCAGAUCCCGUUAUCACGGCGCGAUGAUACUGGUCAUCUCACUACAACUCAUAUAUUUUAUACAACAUCAUAGAACUAGGUAGACUUCGCAGCAAAUGAGAGUACUUAUUAAAAAUAUCCAGGCUUUGUCUACACUCAACUCAACAUCCCU